GUUGUUGAUGAUGUUGCUGUCAUUGCUGUUGUUGAUAAUGUUGCUGUCAUUGUUGUUGUUGCUUCCGUUGCCGUUGAAGCUGCUGUUGGUGCUGCUGUUGGUGCUGUUGUUGGUGCUGCUGUUAGUGUUGCUGUUGGUGCUGCUGUUGGUGCUGCUGUUGGUGCUGCUGUUGGUGCUGCUGUUGGUAGCGUUUCUGGUUUUGCUGCUUCUUCUAGUGCUGCAGAUACCAUUUUUACUGCUGUUGCUUUCCUGUUGUUAUCGCCGUGAAAUUGGGUGUUGGAGAGACAGAGCACUCGACGGAAAGAUUUAUAAUUCACUUGUCUGGCGAGGAUCGAAGGCGUCUUCGGACAAGGUGUGAGGCAUCUAUCUUUGAAGUAUGUGUGCAAUGGGGGAGGUAAUGAGAAGUUUGUGUGCAAUGGGGGAGGUAAUGAGA